CUGAUCCCCAAGCAUGAGAUUCACAGCUCUCCUCCCUCUGGCAGCUCUGGCUGGGGCCCUGGUCUGUGCCCAAAAUACCACCGCUGAUCACACACAAGCUGCUGAGGACCCUCCGAGCUCCGAACUUAAGAUCACAGCUUCAGCGAAAUCUGCUUUACUCCAAGAAACAACCACAGCAGCCCAGAAGAUUUCGACAGCAGCUCAGGAGCCAGCCAGGCCUGCCUUAUGGAAGCAAGGACUAAAUCCCCUGAAAUCCGCGAUAGAGAAAGGUCUCUCGAUAGCAGGAAAGGCCUUUGAAGGAGUAGAAAAAAGAGUGAGAGAAAGAAUUCAAGAUGGAAAACAGCUAGUAGAAGGUGGAACUGACUUCGCACAAAGACUGAAGGACAAAUUGGAUCUCAGAAAUUUUUGGGUUUUGAGAAGAUGA